CUUUAGGCGGUUUCCUAGAAACAUGAUUGCUUGCUGGUCUUGAUCUCACAGCUUUGGGAAGACUUCUCCUCUGAUAAUGUCAAGUUCAGGCUACCCUCCUAACCAAGGAGCAUUCAGCACAGAACAGAGUCGCUACCCCACUCACUCUGUCCAGUACACCUUCCCCAGCACCCGGCACCAGCAGGAGUUUGCAGUUCCCGAUUACCGUUCGUCUCACCUGGAAGUCAGUCAAGCAACUCAGCUCUUGCAGCAGCAGCAGCAACAGCAGCAGCAGCUCCGGCGCAGGCCGUCCUUGCUUUCUGAAUUCCACCCAGGCUCUGACAGGCCUCAAGAAAGGAGAACUGGAUAUGAACAGCAAUUUCAUCCAGGUCCAUCUCAGACAGAUCAUGACUCACUGGAAUCCAAACGACCACGUCUGGAGCAAGUCUCUGAUUCCCAUUUUCAGCGUGUCAGUGCAGCUACUGUCUUGCCUUUAGUACAUCCUCUGCAGGAAGGGUUGAGAUCUGCGGAUAUUAAGAAGGACCCAGCUUUUGGAGGAAAGCAUGAGGGACCAUCUUCUCCAAUUUCUGGUCAGCCUUGUGGGGAGGACCAAAAUGCUUCACCCUCAAAGCUGUCAAAGGAAGAAUUGAUACAGAGCAUGGACCGUGUAGAUCGUGAAAUUGCAAAAGUUGAACAGCAAAUCCUUAAACUGAAGAAAAAGCAACAACAACUUGAAGAAGAAGCUGCUAAGCCUCCAGAGCCAGAGAGGCCUGUCUCCCCUCCUCCAGUGGAACAGAAACACCGCAGUAUUGUCCAAAUUAUUUAUGAUGAAAAUCGG